AUGAAAUGUACAAAGGCAGGCUCUUCAUAUACAUCUGGUCAACAAGGAUCCAAUUCACAUAAAGAACGAUCAGAUUUACCAUUUCAUCCAUCCUUAAUAAAACGUUAUCAACUCGGCAAAGUAUUAGGGAAUGGAGGAUAUGGGUUUGUAUUGUCAGCUGUUGAUCGGCUGACACGUCAACGUUGUGCAGUUAAAUUCAUCUACAGGCACAAGAUACCAUCCACUGGUUGGACGCACGUUCCAUCAUCAUCAUCAUCAUCCUUAUUAUCGCAUGCUUCGACCGUUCCUUCCCGGGUUCCGACGGAAGUUUACCUUUUACAACAUACCCAGCAUAAAAAUAUCAUCCGGAUGUUAGAUGUAUAUCAAGACUCCUAUUUUUAUUAUUUAGUUAUGGAAACCCAUGGAUCUGAUUGGCGUUCUCAACAACAAUGUGAUCCUUCUUUGAUCUCCCGUGACCUUCCUUUUAGUCAUAAUGAUGAUGGUGGGGCCCAGGAUCUAUUUGAAUGCCUUGAACAAAAUCAUCAUUUCUCUGAAGAAAGAGCCCAUCAUAUCUUUAAUCAAGUCUUGGAUGCUGUCUUACAUUUAAAAGAAAAUGGAUUUUAUCAUCGUGAUAUUAAGGAUGAAAAUAUUUUAAUCGAUCAUGAUUUCAAUAUCAAAUUGAUUGAUUUUGGAUCAGCCAUUAGUAAGACAUAUCAAUCAUCAUGGUUAAAUCAAUUUCAUGGUACAUUAUCAUUUGCAUCACCUGAAAUUCUAAGUGGGAAAUUAUAUCAACCGGAACCUGCCGAAGUCUGGAGUUUGGGUGUCCUUUUAUAUACUUUACUCUAUGGUCAAGUGCCCUUCUCUACUCCAUUUCAAGUCAUCCAUGGUCAUUAUCAUACACCGUCCAUCCAAAGCUCAAAACAGUGCUCUUCUCUUCUUGCUAGUCUAUUCUGUAAAAAUCCAUAUGAUCGUCCUUCCCUUGAAGAUAUUCGACAUCAUCCAUGGAUAACUUCGAAGAAAAUGUAA